AUUUUAUUGCUUCUCACCUAUUUAAGCCACAAUAUCCAUUUUUUUCCAGCCUCCAGCUACAAGGGAGCAGGAACAACAAAGGGACGUGAGCGCACAGGGACAUCUCUGCGUGUCUGUGAGUACCUGAUGCCUGUGUUACUAAUCGUCUAGCAGAGAAGCCUCACCAUCUUGCUUGGAAAAGAAGAACUGGGAAAACACUGACAUCCAGGAUUCUUCAAAGGUUGUGAUGCAAGAGGGAUCUGCACAGGAGCUCCGUGGGAGCCAACUGUGUGAGAACAAACUAGAGGAACAUGCUGGGCUGCUGGUUAACAGAAGCAGGAAGGCACUGGUGACAGGAGGUGGAGGCUACUUGGGAUACAACCUGGGAUGUGCUCUCGUCAGGUCAGGAAUUGCUGCUGUUUUAUUCGACAUACAGAAACCUAAAUGGGAAAUCCCRAAUGGAGCAGAUUUUUUCAAGGGUGAUGUGAGGGAUUAUGAAGCACUGUUCAAAGCGUGUGAAGGAGUCGACUGUGUUUUUCAUGUGGCUGCAUGUGGAAUGUCAGGACUAGAGCAACUUCAAAAGAAAGAGCAGAUUGAAUCCACAAAUGUUGGUGGCACAAAACUAAUAAUUGAUGUCUGCAAACAAAGAAAUAUCCCUAGGCUGAUAUAUACCAGUACAGUGAACGUGGUGUUUGGAGGGAAUCCUAUUGAAGAAGGAGAUGAAGAAACCGUGCCAUAUUUUCCACUGGAAAAGCAUUUUAAUCAUUAUUCUAGAACAAAGGCAAUUGCAGACCAAAUGGUUCUUGCUGCUAAUGGAACUUUACUCAAAGGAGGCAAUAAGCUCCAUACGUGUGUGCUUCGUCCCCCUGGCAUAUAUGGACCAGAAGAGCAGCGCCAUCUCCCACGAGUAGCUGUAAAUAUCCAGCGGAGAUUGUUUAACUUCAAGUUUGGGAAUCACAAAGUUCAGAUGAACUGGGUUCACGUAGGAAAUUUAGUACAAGCUCACUUACUAGCUGCUGAGGCUCUCACUUCUGAGAAGGGUUAUGUAGCUAGUGGUCAAGCAUAUUACAUACAUGAUGGUGAAAACGUCACGUUUUCUGAAUGGAUAGUUCCUUUAUUUGAAAAAUUAGGCUAUGAGAAACCAUGGAUACAUAUUCCUAUUCUCCUUGUUCAUAUAGCAGCCACUGUGGCGGAAUAUCUACACCUGGCCCUGAAGCCAUUUUUCAGCUUUACACCUUUCCUGACAAGAAGUGAGGUGUGGAACGUUACUGUAACUCACACUUUCCGGAUAGACAAAGCACGAAGUCAGCUUGGUUACAAACCAAAGAAAUUCUCGCUAGCAGAUUCUGUGGAUCAUUAUCUUAAAGCAAGACCUAUUUGUCAGGAUGAUCGUACUUUCCUUAAAAUGUUUGCUUUGGGCAUUUUGUUAAGUUUGAUCUUUCUUUCUUUCUUCUCCUAAAACCAAACAUCUACCUACCUGUUAACUCUGUUUUGAGUAUUACUGAUYUGGUCAUAGUACAUUCCUCACAACUGAAUUUCUUCUUAUGUGACCAUUUCUGAUAUCUGAUCCAAUUAAAAAACA